AUGGCCAACUACGGCUACCAAUCACCCCCGAACCAGCAGCCAUAUGCCGCACAACAGAAUCUCAACUUCUACCAAUCCUCAUACUCCGCACAGCCAGUAUCCGGGCAAAGCACACCUUUCCAAGCGGCAUACGGGCAAGGUGGACACAACCAGGGCUACGGACAAGGCAACUAUGCUUUCGGCGCAUUUCCUGGUCAGCCAGGAGCGAGUGGGCAGAUGGGCACAGGGCACGGUGGUCUGAGAACAGGGCUGUUGGCAGCUUUCGGCACAGAAGGAUACGAAGGCGAGCCGCCGCUACUGGAAGAGCUGGGCGUGAACUUUCAGCAUAUUCAGACCAAGACCCUCACAGUCCUCAACCCUCUUGGACGGAUAGAUCAUCACAUCAUGGAUGAUGCUGAUCUAGCGGGACCUCUGUUGUUCUGCGCACUUUUUGGCACAUCGCUUCUUUUCUCCGGCAAGCUCUGGUUCGGCUACGUAUGCGGUCUCGCAGCACUCGGCGCCUUUAGCUUGAACUUCGUCUUCAGCAUGAUGUCACCUCCACUUUCACAAGAAGAGAUGAACGCCGCACAAAGCUCACAAAGCAACUACCACGGAUCCUCUCACUUCUCGUCAACACUCACACUCGGUCGUUCCAGCUCUGUGCUGGGAUACUGCUUGCUACCACUGGUGUUUGCAAGUCUGGUGGGCAUUGUCGCGCCACUCGACAGCGUCUGGGGCUACGGCGUCGUCAGCAUGGCUAUUGCCUGGUGCACCUACUCCAGCUCCGCCAUGUUCAUUGUGGUCGGGAGGAUGACGAGCAUGAGGGCACUGGUCGCUUAUCCUCUGGCGUUGUUCUACAUUGGCUUCGGUAUCAUGGCUGUUUUCUCGAGUCGUGGAACUGGGACCAUCGAGUCUGCUAUGACAAAGCCACCUGUCGCUUGA